CAUUCGUCGCGCAGAGCUUGUCUCGUACAGAUCACAUAACACUUAAGCUUCUCGUUUCGCGAUUUUACUUUAACCUGUUGAACAUGUCUGAGGACGCUGCUGCUCCCGCACCGGCUGUGGCCACUCCUGAAAAGAAAGCUGCACCCAAAAAAGUAAAGAAACCAGCAGGUGAAAGAAAACCCAAGGGCGAAAAGAAGCCAGCUGCCCAUCCCAAAUACAACGAGAUGAUCCAAAAAGCUAUCCUUGCUCUGAAGGAACGCUCUGGCUCCUCCCGCCAGGCCAUUCAGAAGUACAUCAUCGCAAACUUCAACGUUGGUAAGGACGAGAAAUCGAUCUCGACGCGCCUCCGCCUGGCCCUCAAGCGUGGCGUUGCCUCUGGUGCUCUGAAGCAGGUCAAGGGAACUGGCGCCUCCGGCUCUUUUCGCGUUACUGAGAAGGCUAAGGCUGCUGAAAAGAAAGCCAAAAAGCCGGCUAAAAAGCCUGCAGUAAAGAAGGCCGCUGGGGAGAAAAAAGUCAAGACUCCCAAGAAAGCUGGGGUUAAGAAGCCCGCUGCCAAAAAGGCCACCGGCGAGAAGAAGGUCAAGACUCCCAAGAAGGCCGGUGCCCCCAAGCCCAAGAAGGCCACCACUCCCAAAAAGCCUAAGGCCACCACCCCCAAAAAGCCCAAGGCCGCUGCUAAGCCCAAGGCCGCCGCCAAGCCCAAGGCCAAGAAACCCGCGGCCGCGAAGAAGGCAGCUGCGCCCAAGAAAGCCUAAAAUUUCUUAACACCAGAUGGAAUCCGACUAUAAGACAGAAGCGAUCGAAGAGCAUCACUCGAAUGAUCUCACGACACAAUAAGCGUCCAUUUCACCUGUCAGCUUUCAUCUUCAUCCUCAUACGAUCAUCAAUCUUCAUCGAUCAACCCAUCACCGCAUCCAAUCAUGUGACUUUUGUAAAGUAAAAAUGACAACAUGUUGCUCAUCUAUGCCAGGUUAGA